AUGAACCAGCGUGCGGCACAGUACGCUAAGGCUGCCGUUCGAGGCAAGGUUGCUACGUUAGAUAGAUCUGAGGAAGACCCGAGUGAUCCACACGUAUAUCGCAAAGGGAGCCCCGUGAAAGCACGGUCUCCUAAUGACUCUCCAUUGCUGGGAACGACCGACGACCCUGGAGACGAUGAAGGCGACGACCUCGUGGACGGUCUAGAUGAAACAACAGCUUACGACGCCCUUCUACAAGAUCAGGCAGAGAUGCAGGCCAGAUUUACGUUUAAGGACGAGACUCGGAAGACCCUCGGAGACAAAUUCAUCGCCGCGAUGCGUCGGAAGCGUCGAAUGCUUAAACGCAACGAGAACCUCCGCUUCCGCGAGUUGUACAAGCCCCCAGAGCCCAUUGCCGUGCUGUUGGUGGUCGUGGUGGCGGCGGCAGUGACGCUUAUCACUCGAGAGCCAUGCGCUCUGUAUCAGGCAAAUAAUAAAAUUAAGCCGAACUUGACUAUUAUACGGAUAAAUUAA